CCUUGAUACACAGAGGGGGAGAAAGCCCCUCAACAGACCUCUAACGAGAGGUAUACAUGGGGGAGGGGCCCCGAGCGGUCGCAACCCCCACCCGCGCCUGGUCGGACACACGCGGUCCGUGGGCGGAGGCAGCCGUGGCAAAGCGGGCACGUGGGAAAAAAAGAUCCGGCCGCCGGGUACUUGUGCUCGCUGGCGAGUACCCCCGGGGCCGGAAAAAAAACACAUGGGACCACCGGAGAAGAACUCCGCGGUCCAGGAGCUAGGGGGAUCGGAAGGAGGCAGAUGCCGUCCGCCUCCUGAAGCCCCCGAGCAGCACAUACACACCGCCAGACAUAAGGACAAAAGCGGAAAGAAGAAUAUAUAUAUAUAUACACGAAGUGAGAAACUGACAG